UACUCCUAACUUAGACACACACAGGCACUCUCUCUCUCUCUCUAUUUUUUUAUAAUCAUGGUGUUUCGAUAAGUUUUUGCACACCUCGAUUAAAUUUACGGGAUAAUGUCCACUUCUCACUAUCGACAAAUAUCAUGUAACUUUGUCUAUUAAAACUAAGAUAGAUGGAGAAAAUAACCUAAUGUUCUUUUGUCUCCGCUAGAAUUUGAACCUGAGAGCAUAAUUAGUUCUGAUCAACCACCUCAUUGACCAUUAAAUCUAGGUGCCUCUAUGUAUUUAUAGAGACAGAGACAGACAUACAACUCAUACAAGACAGAGAGAGAGAGAGAGCCAUACAUAUGCAAAUUAAUCAACUUUUGUUUUUCUCUCUCUCUAUAGUAGUUAUAUUAUCAUCUUUGAAGCUAUGAUCAAAGACUUAGGCUUAAGAAUUGGGUGGACAUUUUUCACACUUUUCAUAUGUAUUCUAGUAAGUCUUUUAGUGCUUCUUCUACACCACACAAGUGCUACACAUCAUCAUCCACAGCCUUAUCCACACGAGAGAAGUUGCAAUUUAUUCAGAGGAAGUUGGAUUAAAGAUGAAAAUAAUAGUAAUAAUUAUCCUCUUUAUAAUUCAUCUCACUGUCCUUUUAUUGAACAUGAAUUCAAUUGCCAGAGAAAUGGUCGUCCAGACAAAGAUUACCUUAAAUAUGGAUGGAAACCUCAUGGUUGUUCCUUAACAAGAUUCGAUGGAGGAGCAUUUUUGAAUAAAUUCAAAGGAAAAAGCAUAAUGUUUGUGGGAGAUUCUCUCAGUAGGAAUCAGUGGCUGUCACUUGUAUGCCUUCUUUACACAUCACAGCCAAAAGCCAAUUACAAUCAAACUAGAGUUGGCGAUGUCUCCAUUUUCACCUUUUUG